GUAUAAAAACUUAUAUUUAUAACUUAUAAAUAAACACAAGGGGGGGGGGGGGUUGCAUGAAAAGUAAGUAUUUUUUGGUUUUUUUUUUGAUAAAAUGGGGGAAAACAAGCUCUAAAGAUAUUCAACUUCUCCAACUAAAGUAAACCCAAAAAAACACCACCAAGAACCCGAAACAAAAUGAAAAAGAGAACAAACACAAAUCAAACAUUACACGUAUAAUAGGCACGUAGACAAUAUAUUACGUAACUUACGCACUUAAGAAUAGAAAAAAUCAAUCAAAGACCGAGUCGAUUCAUUUCCUUAACCACGAUAUGGAGGAUUGUCAACUCUCCACACGGCCCGGAGUCAUGCAAUUCAAAGGCCCGUUUUGAAAUAUACCUUAGAACCCUAACUCUCUAUUCAAGCAUGAAAACAUGCUUCCACUAUAGAAAAAGUUUAUAAAAGAGAGAAUCUAUUAUGCAUUCAACUCUCAUACAUAAUCUAUUCACAAACUGCCAAUACCUUAUGUAUUUUAACAAACUUUUUCUCCUAAUGAUGAGCACAUUUCACAUAUUUCCAUGAACUUCUCAAACCAAUGACGUUUUUUCUAUUCACAUAAAUGAACACAACAUAUUUUCAAUAAAUUGAGAUCGUUUUUGAGCUUAAACAACCUCAAAUUAAUGAAAAUAACAAACGAACACACGAAAACAUAACAAUCACUCAAUAACGAAUUCUAAGAAAAAUGAAUCAUCUUAUGGAGCUAAGAAGUCCAAAUUCCUUAAAAUCAACGAACACAAAAGCACAAAAGAGAUUCACGUAUGAAUUCGGAGUUCAUUUAACUACCUUAUGGAGCUAAAAUAGCUUCAACAAAAACCGAAUUCCACAUACCAACCUACUUAUGAAAUCAAAUUAUGUAAUUCAACCAAUUCAACAACAAUUUGCUCAAUAAUUGAAGAAAAACUAGUUUGAAUCAAUUCUCAUUCAUAAGGGAUUUAAUAUAGACAUAAAAAAAAACCACAAAAGAACACCAACCAUUUUUUUAGAAUUUUAUGAAACAAACAAAACAAGCAAAAAAAAUGUGAAAAUUGAACAAAAAAACAAAGUUUUACAUAGAAUUGGAGAAAAAAAGUUAAAAUUGACAAAUAAGGGUUACCAAUUGUAUGAAGAAAUUGAGAAAUUGAAGAAUUGAAGCUCUUGGAACCAUCACUGGCCUAUGCCCGGAGCUACUGCCGACCGCUCGCCGGAACUGAUGCCGCCGCCGGUUCGCGUCUGCCGGCCGUCCGCUGCCGGUCUGUACAUUGGACAUAUUUUGGAGUCCAUGUGUGCUGCUUCUGAAGGAAAGAAGUAUAAUGCCAGAUAUUGGCUAUACUAUCUGUCUUCCAAAGGGGAAAACAGAGCUGGCACUAAUGCAACUACAGAGGAAAGUUCUUCAGACAAUGUCCUUAUCAUGAGUCUGAAGAAGUCAGUAAAGAGGAAGCAAGGGGUGUCUCCUUCUCCCAGUGCUGAAGCACCACAGAAUCUUGCUCAAGUUCCUGAUGAAGAAAUUCCUCAAGUUCAGAAUUCUCCAACUUCCUCACAACCUCAAAUUGAUGAUGCUGAGAAUCAAUUCUGGCAGCUCUACUAUGACUGGAGAGCUUGGAAAGUUGGAAAUUCAGCAGAACAGUUGUUGAGUUGGGACCAGCAACUGAAGAAUGAGAAGAUCAUCAAGAAAUGCUUAGAUUUGCAUCUGGAACACUUGGUCACCUCACUAGUUUCAGAAUUUGAGGCUGACGAUGAGGAUCUUGCAGUCUACAGGCCAAUCUUCUCAAAGGCUACAAAAGAUCAGGUGGCUCCUACCACUAAAGCACAAGAAGAUAUGGAAGCCACAGCUGAGGAUUUCCAAAUUUUCCUCGAAACCUCCCCUUCCAUUGAAACGGUUCUGACUAAAGCUGACCAGGAGAAUGCAGCCUCUACUCCACAAGAACAGAACCAAGAAGCAUCAGAAGAAGAACUCCAGCAACUUCUCCAUUCUCAAGAUUUAGAGAUUCUCAAAACUCCUUGUGAGAUCACCAAUCCUACUCAAACUGAGAUUCCGGAGAAGUCAGCAGAAAAUCUGGAAAUGUCCAAACUUCUAGAAGCAAAUGAAGUUCAAGAAGAGCAAGCUGUAGAAAUCCAAAGAAGUUCUACAGAAGCUGAGAAGGAAAUUCAAAUGGCUGGACUGGACACCUCUGAAACUCUAGUAGCUGUGUUUAAGCAGCAGAAUAAAGUUGAAGAAAGAGAUUCCCUCUCUAGGGAAGUCUCAAACUUUAUGCUUGAUGAGACAGAAGAAGAGUCUGAAAGGACAUUGAAGAUUGAUGAUGGAGAAGCUGAGCAAGAAGAUGCUGAAUCUCUCCCUAUGCAACUUUUCCACAGAGCACCUUCUUCACAUCAGGUAACUAACUUUCACUUCCACUGCUCUUCCACAUCCACCCUUCCGGAUGAAGUACCGGAAAACUGGACAAGAAAGGUCCAAGGGUUGAUUGAAUCAGCCCUAACGUCUCAGCAUGCCUCCUUUAGGCAAGAGAUAGAGCAAAUGGAAGCAAGGCAUAACAAGCUGAUGGAGAAAUCUGAAGAAAAAUGUUGCUCAGAUCUCAAGGAGAUAAGCAAAUCCGUGGAAAAGACUCUAGAGAUUAUUUAUCUUUUGAGUAACUCUGUGAGCAACACAAUGGAAGCCUAUGCAUCUGACAGCCACCUACAAUUCAAAGAAAUCACUAGAAUCAAGGAGCAGAUAGCAACUGUCACAGUCAGUCUUCAGAAGCAGAUGGGACUCCUUCAGAUGGAUAUCAAAUCAGCAUUGGCAGUGUCUUCAGCAAAUCAGGUGGUGAUCCAAGACUACUUAAAGGUUAUUGCUGAAAAUCAGAAGGAAGCAUUCAGGAUGUUCAGGCACUUUGGAACUUACACUGGAAAUCGCAAGAUAGAUGUAAUUGUCCAACACAAUAGUCCAUCCAUGAUCCCACAGCUGCCUAUUGAAGUCAUGCAAGGAGAGCUCACUUACAUUCCAUCUCAUCUGAACAUGAAGGAACUGAUACGGGAAGCCCAGCAGAGCAAUCCGGAGAACUCAACUCAACAUCUAACAGACUCUAGCCUUGAUGGAUUAGAAGUUGUUGGAACCAUUGCCUCCCACUUCUCAGAUGAUGCACAAACAAAGGAGAGAUACAACAAUCUAAGGCGCAUCAAAGAACAAUGUGGAAUUAUGCAAGGCAUUGGUGAGACUGCCGGAUCAUCAAAGCGCAAGAAGCAGUGAAGGCUCUUUUCAUCAAACCAGGGGGAAGUAUGUGAAAACAUUAUUUGGUUUUGAUGAAAACACCUUCUUGUUUAAACAUGAGUUUUGGUUUAAACAUUGCUUAAUAGUUCUCUUAAUUACGCAUAUUCAUUCUAAGUGUGAUUCUUGAGAUUUAUCCUUAAGCGCAUACAUUCAGGGGGAACUUAACUGUUUUUGGCUAACAAUUGCUUCAAUUGUUUUUGGCAAUGAACUAUUGAUAAACUC